UGUUAGGGUGGGUGUUUUAGUUUAAACGUUUGUUAUGGCGUCAUCGGAUCGAAAGCUAAUUGUGGUCUCCGGAUUUGGAGUAUUCCGUGGCCACGAAUCAGUCAAUGCUAGUUGGGAGGCAGUUAAACUGCUUCCAGAAUCCAUAACCCACGAUGGCAUAGAUUACGAUCUCGAAAAGCGUUUGGUUCCAGUAGAAUACGAAGCUGUAGAUGGGGCUGUGUUGGAGAUAUGGAAACGAAAGCCAUAUCUGGUCAUACAUGUUGGUGUUUCGGGUAUUACAAAAUGUUGCGCAGUUGAAAAACUGGCAUACAAUCACAAAUUUCGAAGGGCAGAUAAUUGUGAUCAAAGAUUGCCCAACGGGAGCUGUGAACUCUCCAACAAUGUACAUGCGAAUGUCUUACGGACCGAACUCGAUGUGGAUAAGAUUGUGGAGGCCGUAAAUGAUAAAUGCUCCGAUUGUGUGGCUCCCAUAGAGCCCCCUCAUAAUGAUAAUCUCAAGCCGCAUAGUGCUACGAAGGCAUCCAAGAAUGUGGGUGAUUUUCUCUGCGGCUAUAUCUAUCUAAAAUCCCUAGAUAUAGACAAAAAGCGAAGUUUGUUUGUACAUGUACCGCCUGUAGAUAAACCAUUCAGCAGUGAAAAAACUGCCGAGAUCGUUCUCAGAAUAAUUGAACAAUGCAUUCAACAGGUGGUUGCUUUUGACUUAUGAAUUCAGUCAUUUCAUUCAUCUAUUUAAUUGUGUAUAUGUUUAAUAAAUGUUUACAAGUUGUUUAAAUAA